AGUUCGUUUUCAGCGGUCGUCAGGAAAGAUCACAUAAUUUUCUUCUCUAUACUAGUAUAUAAAAGUGUUUCAAUGAAGUGAAAAUCAUCUCAUCUUCAAAGUAACUCUCAGAUUUCCCUAUAGUGAAAAUUAGAUUCUAGUAAACGCUGAACGAUUGAGAGAUUUUAUUGAUCAUUAAAUGUUCGGGUAAACCGUCGCGUGUAUUAAUUGCCUAAUUUUCUUCCGCAUAAACUUCAUACUCACUCAAAUCUGCUCUAUAAUCUCCUGAAUUUAUUUAUUUGGAUGAUUAAUUGCGCGGUGUGUGCUCGAUGAAGUGACCAAAAAUAUCAUUCGUACCUAAUUUUAGAGGAGAUUUGGCGGCACGAGAGGGAAGAUAUCUUUUAACAUUUCACUAUUAGAGCUCACCUUCGAUAGAGGUUUAAUUUGAAAUUAGAUAAAGAUUUUAGUGAAAAAGUGAUAUUUUCAAUGGAUCAUCAAUCGGGAUUGUGUGGUUUUUGUGGUAUAAAAUGUGACAAAAAAUGUGCUAGUUGCCAUAAAGUGUUUUACUGUAGUGCUAAACAUCAGCGUGAAGAUUGGAAAAAUCACAAGAAGUGUUGUCCUGCCUUUACGAUUUGUCAGGAUGUGAAAAUGGGAAGGUUUCUUGUAGCCAAUAGAAAUCUUAAAUUUGGUGAAAUAGUUCUCAAGGAAGCUCCAAUUGUUACUGGACCAUCGCAACUCACAGCACCUGUUUGUCUAGGAUGCUUGGAGGAAAUUCAGGAAAAGAACAUGCGAAAAUGCUCAAAAUGUGGCUGGCCAAUGUGUAGUCAGGAGUGUGAGGAAGCUGAAAGUCAUGCAGAAGAGUGCAAAGUGUCCGCUGCUCGUGGAGGUGUUUCAAUCGAGCACUUUGUCUCUCCUCAUCCAAUCUAUCAGUGUAUCUUGACACUGAGGUGCCUCCUAAUGCAGAACUCCUGUCCAGAAAAAUGGGAUAAAUUGUCUCAACUGGAAAGCCACAAUGAUGUGAGAAAAGAUUCACUGCAGUGGCUCAGUGAUCGUGAGCAUGUAGCUAAGUUCAUCCCAAGAUUCUUCAAAAUGGAACACAAAUGGACAGAGGAAGAGAUUUUGCGAGUUCUGGGAAUUGUGUAUAUCAAUGGACAUGAAGUUCCGCUCACAGAUCCUCCCUAUGUAGCCAUAUAUGCCAUUGCAUCCCUGUUCGAGCACUCCUGCUGUGCCAAUGUGGCCAAAAGUUUCACAGAGACUGGGGAUGUUGUCUUCUGGGCCGCAAGGGAGAUCCGAAAGGGGGAUCAUCUCAGUAUCUGCUACACAGAUGCACUAUGGGGCACUCUAGAGCGUCAGCAGCAUCUGAAGGAAACCAAAAUGUUCAAUUGCAACUGCCAAAGGUGCUUGGACAUCACAGAAUUGGGCACUAAUUUUAGUGCAAUUAAAUGUGGAGCUCUUCCGGAAGCUUCAUCACUUACUUGCGAUGGACUAUUUCUCCCGCAAGGAAAUAAAGAUUGGAAGAAUGACUGGAAAUGCGGAAAAUGUUCUCGAUGUGUACAGUUUAAGGAGAUUCAAAAGGUUUUGCAGAAAGCAGGAAAGGAUGCGACUAAAAUGAAAGGGAAUGUUCAGAGCUGUAUUCAAUUUAUUGAAGACUAUUCAACAAUCUUCCCACCCAAGCAUUUCAUCAUGUGCGAUGUAAAGUGUGUCCUGGUACAGAAAAUUGGGGAAGGAGAUCCACAAGAGCUACAGAAAAUUUCUGAGGAUUUACUGGUGAUGAAAGCUGAACUGUGCAAUGAGAUGCUAGACUUGAUAUCUCUUCUGGCACCUGCUGAAAAUCGUUCUCGUGGGUGCAUGCACUUUGAGUUGCAUGCUGUUCUGGCUGAAAUGGCACGAAGAGGCGUGGAGUACGAGGUGGAGUGCCAAGCAUUGCUGGAAAAGUCUCUCUUUCAUGUUGAAAAAGCCAUUCAGUGGCUCGAGAAGGAGCCCUCAGUUCUGGUUGAGGGCAAAAUCUACGCUCAAUCAAAAAUUAAUGCUGAUUCCCUAAAGAUUGUUCUAAGAAUGCGUAAUCUUUCAAUGUAGAACUUCCUGAGAUUUUGAAAGAAAAGUCAUUAUGUCGCAAAAUACUAACAAAAAAGUGAUUUAUUUCAAAAUCUCUCUCAAAUAUAUUAAUUUAAAAAUUA